AUGAAACCUCCAAAGAAAUUCACCCCACCAAAGUUCACUUCAUACGACGGGAAGUCGGACCCGAUGAUGUCUCUAUGGAACCGAGAUGAGGCACUGAUGUGUAAAGUCUUCCCAUCUAGCUUGGGAGAAACUGGACUUCAAUGGUUCGAUCGUCUCGCCACUGGAUCGACCCAUGGCUGGAAGCAGCUCUCCGAAGAGUUCCUAGCCAGGUUCGUCUCCAACACUAAGAUCUCGAAGGAGCCGGAUACACUGUUUGGCCUUCGAAAAGAGCAGGAGGAAACGCUGCGCAAUUAUGCUAGGAGGUACUGGGAAGAAUACAAUGACCUGGAGGAAAAUGUGUGCAGCGAGCAGAUGGUCGUUAUGUCCUUCAAACAUGGUCUGCGCCCGAAAAGUAAGCUGAGACAAUCACUUACCAAGCGCCCGGCCACAGCUUUGAAAGACUUGCGCGCCAAGAUUGAGCAGCACGCUUGUCUCGAAGACGAUCAGAUCUCCAUCAAGGUAGCGUCAGCAGAACAAAUAACUCGGUAUAAGAAGAGAACAGAUCGAGGAGAACACUGA